AUGGUGCCCAUCGUCGCCUCCUCGCGGGCGUUUCUCGUCAUUUCCCUAGUCUCCAUACCGCAGGCCAUCUUGACCCAUGCAUCGGCGGGCAUCGUCGGCUACGGCAUCGACCUGUUCCCCGAUCUCUGCUGCCAAUCAUGCUACGAUUCGCUCUCCAAGCUCUACCUCGGCUGCACCACCUUUGACAACAGCAGCUCGAUGGCCGGCAUGGACAUGAGCGGGAUGGACAUGAGCAUGCCCAUGGCGGUCACGAGCGACGACUGCCGCGCCUCGAACCUCCCGUGGCUUCAGACCAUGGCCUACUGCAUCCAGCAGGGCUGCGAUGCCGUCGGCUUUCCGGCGGACAGGCAGGCCGAGUGUUUUGCCGCGCGAGCCGUUGCCGGCUCCGCCCAGCCCGCCUUUCGCGCCAGCCUUCCGAGCUCGCCCCCGCAGGUGGAGGUUGCAGACAAUGCUACAUGGCUCAACGUCACGAGUCUGGUGAAUGCAGCGCUCUACACGUCCACGUACGGGACUUAUCAGGAGUUUGCGCGGGAGGAGGGGCUGCAUUCCACUUAUUCACUAGUCAUCAUUCUCACCAUCAUCGGCCUGUUGUCCGCUUAUGCGGUCUUGGUGCAGCUGAGGAUAUCCAUUCCUAGCCUCAGCCAAGCCUUGGAGAACAAGUCCAUCUCGCCAUGGAUCCAACAGCAUCUGGUCAUCCCCCCAUUCCUAGGCACCCGUCGUCUUGAGCCUCUACCAGGUCAGCUGGGCUAUGCUCCAAGAAGGAUUCUCGGCAUCUCGAUCGCGUUCUAUGUCGUUCUCAACGUCGUGCUGUGUUCCGUUUCGUUUGGCAGCUUCCAGCCCAACGUCUACUUCAUGUCGAGCGGGUUUGAGCUGUGUGAAUACGUCGGCAACCGAACCGGCGUCCUCAGCUUUGUCAACAUGGCCAUCGCCAUAUUGUUCGCCGGACGAAACAACGUCUUCAUCGCCCUGACCGGGUGGAGCCACGCCACAUUUCUGGUGCUGCACCGUUGGACGGCGCGCAUUUCUGCCCUGCAGGCCGUCGUGCACUCCAUCGUGUACACCGUGGCGUACUUUCAGCCGGGGUACACCGGCGCAGCCGCGUAUGCUGAAAAGACGACCGAGGCCUUCUUUCAAUGGGGCAUCGUCGCCACAGUGGCCCUGUGCCUCGCAGUCGGCUUGGCCAUCCUGCCCUUGCGAGCGAGAUUCUACGAGACGUUUCUUGUUCUCCACAUCUUCCUCGUGGUGAUGAGCCUCGUGGGCUGCUGGUACCACAUCGUGCCGCACUUUGGCUUCGACUACGGCUACCAGGUCUGGCUCUACAUCGCGUUUGCCUUUUGGUCCGCCGACAGGCUGGCCCGCCUCGUGCGUAUUGCAUUCUUCAACCGCCUGGGCCGCUCCGACGCCGUCGUCGAGGCCGUCCCGGGCACCGACCUGAUGCAGCUCACGCUCUUCCCACGAACGACGGCGGGCUUCGGCCCCGGGCAGCACACGUUCCUCUACGCUCCCGGGCUGGGCAGGCCCUGGGAGAACCACCCCUUUACCGUUGCCGGCUGGACCACCGCGGAGCACGGGGCGCCGUCCAGCAGCUCCUCCACCGACGCGGUGCCGCUCGACGCAGGCCCGGCCGAGGAGGCCAAGUCCGGGAUGAGGGCCACCUCGUACAGCGGCCGGAGCCCGUCCGCGCCGUCGAUCCGCGUCCUCGUCCGAACGCACUCUGGCGCCACCGCCGCUCUGCAAAAGCGCCUCCGGGAGUCUGCGCCCGGGUCGCGUCCGCAGGUCUCCGUCUACAACGAGGGUCCCUACGGCGGCCACCGAGCUAACCUCGAGCCGUUCGUGGCUGCCGAGACGGUCCUGUGUGUUUUGGGCGGCAUCGGCGUCACCAGCGCGCUUGGGUUCCUGCAGUCGUACGUCGAGAGCCGGCGCGACGGUCAGGCAGGCCGGGGAGACCAGAGGCUGAUGAGGAAGACGACGCGGUUUAUCUUUGCUUGGUCGGCUAGGGAGGCCGGGCUGAUUCAGUAUGUCAAGGACAACUACUUGGCUGAUGUUGAGGGUGUCGAGUAUAGGCUGUGGUGCACUGGUCCCGUCGAGGGCGUAGAGCAGUCGGAACUGUCGGGCAAGUCUGCCCCUGGUAAAACAGUCGUCGCUGCCGAGUCUGGGAGGAUGAACAUUGGUGCAGUGCUGCAGGACAGCCUGGAGGCCGGGGUUGCCACAACCGUCAUGUGCUGCGGGCCGGGCGGUAUGCUGGAUGAGACUACAAGACAUGUUUCUCGGUACUUGGGAGAAGGGUACAAGAUCAGCCUGGUGGAGGAGCUGUACACUUGGUAG